GUGGAGGAUGUUGAUCCGCAUCCGGAUCCGGAAGCAAACUUGUAUGAUCUCUCCUCUCUCGUUGUGAUAAAGCAUCCUCCUCACUGCUAUGCAGAGACAAUGCUAAUUCAAGCACUUCAAUUUACCGGGUGCUCGAUGGAUCGGCACUUUAGAAACUGAAAAUGAACAAAACAAUGUUCGGAUUUCGAUUUAAAAUUUAAACGUGGCCCGUUGCUUUGCUUCUCAAUUAAGCCUAUAUUUUUUAUCUUUUUAUGCGGUAUAAUCAUCGCGAUGCAUCGUUAUUUUCUGUUCCCGAUGGGAUUUGGUUUCACACUUUUGAGCAAAUGAUUUCAGCAAAACAUUUUCUGGAUCAUGUCGUGAUUCCCUUGUCGGAAUCAACGAAGAACAGCAGAGCUUCAGCCUCGACCACCGCGAGGGGAUGAUCUUGAAUGCCGAUCAUGGACUGUCGAUCGAUUCCUCGACUCAAUGAUCAAGAGGCGCAUCGAGCCCUGGAGCUGCUGGAGGAAUAUCAUAGCAAGCUGACUCGCCCACAGGACAAGCAGCUGAAGAAUGCCAUUGAGAGAGUCAUACGCAUCUUCAAGUGCCGACUCUUCCAGGCCCUGCUUGACAUCCAGGAGUUCUACGAGGUGACUCUGCUGGACGACUCGAAGAGUGUGCAGCAGAAGACAGCAGAGACCCUGCAGAUCGCCUGCAAGUGGGAGAACUCCUCUUUGCCCCUCUCUUCGCUCACGGCAGGGACGUUGCUAGACUUGGAGCUAGCUCUGCCAUGCAUAGAACCCAGAAUAGUUUGCUUUGCUUCCUGUCCAGAAGAGGUGACGGCUCAAUAAAAUUUGUUUGUGUCA